GACAUUGACUUUGACAAACGUUUUCCAGAUAUGACGUUUGUUUAAUAAUUUCCAACUAAAAAUCCCAUCAUUCGCAAUUUAAAGUCUUUGAAACCCAAAUAAACACACUUGCAAUGAAAUGUCGUUGCGAGGAAAAGUCCUAGGAUUAGUUGAGGUGCUGUUGCGGGUGCCGCCAAUAUUCGUGCUCGAUGAGAUCUUCAAAUUGGGCACCGAAUUCAUCUACGGAGAAAUAACCCCUAACGAAUUCGAUAGUUUUGGGGGCCAAUACGACCAUCGGGAGAAUGCCAACGAAACGGCUUUUUUACUCUUUGAUCCCACCAUGUCGAAAUUCAUCUUUAGAACGGUGGUCAACGUGGUGGUUGGUGCUAUAGUAUGUUUAUCAGCAAUGUGCAUGUUUGUGCUAGAGACGAAGCACUUGAUGGUCGUCUACCUGUACCUCACCUCUAUAGGAGUGGUGAUUACGUCGGUUUUUGCCAACUUGCGAACCGUAAGGACUGUACUGAUGGACGAGAGCCACUUGAACGGGACGCUGUCGCCGCUGCAAAUGUUCCACGACUUCGACCUGAAACAGCUACUGAACGAGCGAGGUUCGAUGUUUCAGGUGACGGAGAACUACGUUAUCCAAACGAUCCUGGCCUUUGUCUUCAUCAACAUACACUUGGGGCCUCGAUAUACCGCUCUACAGCGGCUGCUGCCCGUUUCCUUCCUCUUGCCGUCGCUGCUAGUGGUUUUGCCCGUUCCUGACACUUUCCUAAGGUACAGCCCCAUAGUUUCCGCUUUGUUGCCCAUUGCAAUGGUAAAGUUCGUGCUGUGGUCGUCCUUUAUGGCCAUUGCAUUGUCUCUUGGUACCGGCUACGUUAAAGCCAAGACGUUUAUUUCAAACUUUGGAGUCUCCGCUCUAGUGGAAAGCGAGUGGCUGAGACUGAACGUGCCCGAAGUCCUGCGAACUUUCUGGAUAUUGCGAACGGUUGAGCAUGCGGGCUGCUUUAUUUUGUCGGAUGAUUGGGACUUGGACGAUGUGCACUCUGUUUAUUUUCGACUUUUGAAGUAUCUUCUGGUGUCUGGGUGCGACACUUUGACUGCCGUUUUGGGCUUGACCAGUGUGGUCUCCUACAUAUGCAACUACAUUGGGAAGUUCUUCCAAUGGAUCUUGUUGACCGAAGAUGAGAACGACAAGAACUUCGGAACAGUGUCGGCGAUUGUGUUUUAUAUUUUGGCGCUUCAAACCGGCUUAACUAGCUUGGAGCCGGAGGUGCGCUUCAUUCGGCUCUGUCGCAACUUCUGCCUGCUGUUCACUGCGCUUCUCCACUUCACGCAUAACAUCGUUAAUCCUCUGCUGAUGAGCCUGAGCGCAUCGCAUAACCCAUCCUUGCGACGGCAUGGCCAUGCCCUGGUAGUAUGCGCUGUUCUGGUGUUUCUAUCUUUUACCUUAAUGUACUUAUUGUGGACCACUCAAGAAACCUCUACAUGGCUUUUGGCCGUGACAGCCUUCAGCAUUGAGGUGAUCGUAAAAGUGAUGGUGUCGCUUGCAAUCUACUCCUUGUUCUUAUACGACGCCCGACGGGAGACCUUUUGGGAGAAACUCGACGAUUAUAUCUACUACAUCAGGUCAUUCGGAAACACCAUCGAAUUUUGCUUCGGCAUUUUCCUGUUCUUUAACGGCGCCUGGAUUUUGCUUUUCGAGAGCGGCAGCGCCAUUCGCGCCAUCAUGAUGUGCAUCCAUGCCUACUUCAACAUCUGGUGCGACGCCAAAGCUGGCUGGUCCGUUUUCAUGAAGCGCCGAUCUGCAGUCAAUAAAAUCGAUAGCUUGCCUGAAGCCGAUAGCACUCAGCUCCAGUCACUAGACGAUGUGUGCUCGAUCUGCUACCAGGAGAUGUUCAGCGCUAAAAUCACCAAAUGUAAACAUUUCUUUCACGGCGUGUGUCUCAGGAAGUGGCUCUAUGUGCAGGACAGGUGUCCGCUUUGCCACAAGAUUUUGCAUCUGAACGACGAGAGCAAGAGUCCGCCGCCGCAGGAUCCCCCUUUACCGGACCCUUUGGUGGAAGAGGAGUACAACAGGUGAUAAGACGUAAAGUGAUUUGGGGUAGAGUCUAAGCGGAAUCUGGGAGUGUUAACACAUGAAAUUGACUUUGAAAAAUCUGCCCGAGUGGAAUGAGCGUUUCCUGUUCAACUGCUAAUUGCGCAAGGGAAGUUCACUUCAAUUUGGAUCAUUGACUUCUGCCUUGCCUCUCUUAUUAUGGGUUGUUAUUGCUCAAUCGCUGUUCUGGACUGUUCUGUAAAUAUUUGACUUUAUGUUCGAGCAACUAGAGAGUUUUGCAUGCAAACUAAUCACAGGUUUAUAAGCUGGGAAUUUGUCCCAUCGGGGACUGCUUAGAUAAUAUAGAGUUGUGGUCAAUUAGUGCCGUGAUGAUAAUCAGUAAUCAGUUAGGUUUGUGGUCAAUAGACGGUGGCAAAAAUAAAACACCAUUUUUUCAUGGGCCCCCGAAUGAUUUCUCUGUCCAAGUUUCAAACACUCUAUAUUAUCAGUAAUUAUUUAGGUAUGUGGGGUUUUCGGUCAAUAUAGUGUUUUAUUUUUGCCACCUUUGACCGAAAAACCCACAAACCUAAAUAAUUACUGAUAAUAUAGAGUGUUUGACCAUUGGAYCCUUCGGGUUGUCUGCAAUAUGCACAACCUGAGUUCAUAGUUCGAUCAGUCCAUCUAGUCGUGUUCAACAAUGAAUCCAAACCAAACCAAACUAAAUAUSAAAUGCUUCMUUAUGCUGCAUCAAAUGAAAAAUGACUCAAAAACUGGUUUUUGGUGUGAACAAAUUCUUAUUUUCCUGCCCGAUAAGAUAAAUCACCAGCUCAAGCAAUGGGUUUUUGGUGCCCACUUGGUUUAGCACAGCAAAUAUGUGUUUUUCAAAGUCAAUGUAUGGUCACUAUUAUAGGGGUUAAUAACGUAUAGUGCAACUAAAAUUGAAGUAAUCAGACGAUACUAAGGAGUGAUUUUAGUCUAGUUGUUAGUAGCUAUGUGAGUAAUUGGCUGGCGAAGCCCUUUGUACACCUCAACAUAGCGCCCUCUUUAUUUUUAUACCCAUUUAGAUAUUUAUUUUCGUUUGUUAACUGCCCUGAGUAUCGCCGGGUUAUUCGCUGUAAAUAUAAGAAGAUUGUACAAACAUUGACGAGUUUGAAGUUUAGCUAUUUAUUCCGACUUUGCCUUUCUCUGAUCAACCCCGGCCUUGUUCCAUGACUUAGAGCCGUAGUUGCGCUUGUAUUUCUUGUCUGAUUGAGAAAUACAUUCUACCACAUUAA